UAUAGUGCAAGUUCCUCCUCAGAUCAUGAAUAUCUCCUCUGACGUCACAGUGAAUGAGGGAAGCAGCGUGACUCUGCUGUGUCUUGCUAUUGGCAGACCGGAGCCAACUGUGACAUGGAGACACCUGUCAGUCAAGGAAGGCCAGGGCUUUGUAAGCGAGGAUGAGUACCUGGAGAUCUCUGACAUCAAACGAGACCAGUCCGGGGAGUACGAAUGCAGCGCAUUGAAUGACGUCGCUGCGCCGGAUGUGCGGAAAGUAAAAAUCACUGUAAACUAUCCUCCCUAUAUCUCAAAAGCCAAGAACACUGGUGUUUCAGUUGGUCAGAAAGGCAUCCUGAGUUGUGAAGCCUCUGCAGUUCCCAUGGCUGAAUUCCAGUGGUUCAAGGAAGAUACCAGGUUAGCCACUGGCCUGGAUGGAGUGAGGAUUGAGAACAAAGGCCGCAUGUCCACUCUGACUUUCUUCAAUGUUUCAGAAAAGGAUUAUGGGAACUAUACUUGUGUGGCCACAAACAAGCUUGGGAACACCAAUGCCAGCAUCACAUUGUAUGGGUUCUUCUCAUCCCCAGAGCUCACUGUUGAAGAAGAAGAAGAAGAAGAGGAAACUGUUGUUGGACUGAGAUUGAGAAAUGAAUAUUAAUGAUGGCAGCUUGUUUUAGAAGACCUAAAUAAAACAAAAAAAAUCAUGGGGUUUCAACAGUGUUUCUCAUAAGGUAUGCCUCUUCUCAUAGAAAGGCUUGAUGUUCUAUGAAGUGAGGUGGAAAGUAGAGGGAAAGGGGGCUUAUUUUAUUAGUAUGAACUUAAACCUAGAAUACUUCAAAUAGUGAAAUUUUGGUGGUAAUGAUGGUGAUGGGGUGAAGUUUAGAUUUUUUAGUUUCUGUUUUUGCUGAACUCAUCAUGGAUCAGCCAAUAGGAAGCCAAGAAAGAAGGAGAUUGGGAAUGCAAGAGCUCUUGUAGCCAGUGCCCAGCCCUACAGACUUGCCAGGGAAGCAAAAUAGAGCCAGGCAGAAAUGGUGUCCUACUGGGCAGGGUUCGGCCGUCUCUCCCUUGGCCAGUGGGGUCUGCUCCUUGGAGUCAAGGGUCUGUCAUGCAGCCAAGGAUUGGGAUCCGUCUCUUCUCAGGAUGUCCUAACCUUCUGAUGGCAAGGAGAUGCCACCACCUACAGCCUAGCUCUCCACGUGACCACCUCCCAUGAGAACUCCUGCCCACAGUGUCAUCUUGGCUUCUGAACCACAAGCACACAGGGAGGGGUACGGAUGGGGAAGCUCCCACCUGCAUCUGGUCUGCUGUGUAAAAUCUAGCUGGUGUCAGCACAGUCCAACGCACUGGGAGGCAUGCAGUUGGUACUUCUGGGAGGAAGAAAGGGAAAUACAAACAGUGCAUACCAUUCUCUAUUAACUGCCCUGGGAAUGGAGAGGGAAAGUAGGCUAUGUACCACAGCAGGUAUAUACAGUUUGGGAUCCAGCAUUUGUUAGGAGUGUUUUCAAGCUGUGUAUAGCAGAUAUACAGUUCGGGAUCCAUUCAUUUGUUGGAAGUAUUUUCAAGUUUUCACAAAGUACUUGAAAGCUUGGUUUCCCAGUAAUUACCAUCCCAAUUCAGGCCUCCAUUUAAAAUACACAGCCCCCAUGUUCUCACUUUCCUUUCUCCCACUUCUCCCAGUAAGCUCUAUAGAUGCAGAGAAAAUACUACCGUUAAUAAUAGUAGUACUCAUAACUGACAGAUUGCUUAUAAACAAUGAGCUGUCAAGGUGGGAGGCAAUCAUUAAUGGGUAAUUACGAAACGCUUCUCAGGUUUGCGUUUUCACCUGACAAAGUACAUUUCUUCAGUCUUUUGAGUUUGUGUUCUCUGUGUUUUUCUUCAGGGCAUGAAGUGUGCAUCAAUUCCCUUUGUAUUCCCAACAAUGAAUGAAUGAUGAAUGGAUGAAUGAAUGAAUCCAUUUGUUGUUUCUUUCAUUCCAUAGGCUGCUUCAUUGGGUAUGCAAACUUUCUCUUUUAAUGUUGACAUUGAAAUGCCAUCUGUAUCAAGACUUUCUAGAUGCCAUUAUGAAAGUGACUCCCUGCUGUCCCCGUUUUAUGGUGCCCUGUGUCUAUUAAACUUAUGUCUAUUAAUACCUA